AGUCAACAGAAACCGUUGAUCAAGGGAAAAAACAAGCAUUCGAAGCCUAGAUCAGAUUUAACAAUGGCCAAAGGUGAGAUUUGUGCACAGGUGUGUCAAGGUAUCAAGGUAUUUCCUGUUGCACGUAAUGUGUAACCACCUCGAUGUGUACUGUAAAUGUACUUUCUCACAAUGGCGGCCCAAGAGGAACUAUUUCAAAUGAAACGUAUUACAGAGCUGUCCAAUCAAGCUGCCCAUGAGUAUGAGGGUCUUCAGAGGGAGCAUGAGAGAGCCACCAUGGAGUGUCAACGGAUGCAGGCAGAGAGAGACGAGGCAGUCAAAAGGCUUGAAGAGUUUCAAAAAGUGUCCCACAUGGUAAUUGAAGAGGUCAACAGCAUUCAGGAUAACCUGGACAUAGAGAGGACAUGCAGACAGAGUGUGGAAGCCCUGGCCUCCAAGUUGAACCGGCAGAACUGCUCCUUGAAGAGGAAGAGUAUGUUGUACCUGGCCCACCUGGGGCCAGAGACCAUUGCUGAGAUCGGUCUGGAGGAUGAAGAAGAGGAGGAGAGUGGGGACACCCAGGUAGAAAAAGAGUGCUUCUCAGCCCACUGCCAGAGCACCAUCACAGAGCUGAAGAUAAAAUUGGAGUUGACACUGGAGGAGAAAAAGCAAGCCACCAUUGAUCAUGAGGCUACAAGAGAGGAGCUAAGGGACAUCAGAGAAGAAUUGCUGAAAGAAAAACAUGAUAAUAUGGUUUUGAUUGCUGAGACAGUCCGACAAAAGAAGCUCUUGGCGAAAUACAACAGAGUGUCGCUGUUUGCCGUGGAGGAGUACGAGGCCCUGCAGGAAAACCUGGAUCUGGAGAAGGAGCUGAGGGCAGAGGCAGAGAAAUUUGCACGAGAGAUGCUGGUUGAGCAGAAGAAGCUGAACAGACAGAGUCAGAUUCUCCUAAAGAGCUCAUCACCCAGUGAGGCCCUGCAGGCAGCCCUCACUGAUGUCACCAGGCUCACCCAGGCCCUGGAGAGCCAGAGGCUGGAGCACCAACAACAGAUGAAGGGGAUUGAGGAGCAGCUCAGGGGUUCAGAGCUACAUAAGGAGGUGCUGGCGUUACAACGUAAGCUAGAGCUCCUGGCAGAGGAGAAGAGGGAGCACGAGGAGAGAUGUUCCAAGGCUAAGGUGGAGGCCAAGGAUCUCAAGUUUACUGUUGAGGAGCUGCAGAAGAAGCUCCAGGCCCUUUCUAACCCUCCGCCUGCUCCAGCCCCUCCACCUCCGCCCCCGCCACCCCCUCCUCCACCACCAGCCCCACUCACCAACCCUCUCGGUUCACUGCUAUUGAUGAUUCGCAAAAAGAAAAAUAUCAGUAGGGAUAUUCCAUUAGUUGUCCAAGAUUCAGCAAAGGAGCCAGAGAUGGACAUCAGGCAACAAGCUGUGGAUGAGAUGAUGCAGAGAAUCAAAAGGGGGGUUAACCUCCGACCCGUUGGCCAGGCCCCCAACAAAACCAAGCCCGUCCAGCGAGAAAGGGUACCCUCUAAUUCUGCCAUUCAGGAACUUAAAGGAAUUCUGGCCACUUUCAAAAGGCCCUCCCCCCACCUUAAAGUUGGAUCUCCAUCAACAAACACUGAGUCUGAGCUGGAGAGAGUUCUACAGAGACGACGGGGCGCAUUCAAGACCUCACAGGAAAGUUGUUCGCCGUCGUCACCUCGUCCCUUCCCCAGCAGUGUUCUGGAUGUCACCAGGGUGAGAGGGGACCAGCCUCAGACCAAGCAGAACUCCCAGGACUCUGUCCCGCUCUAGGCCCACUCAGCUGACCUGAGUCCUUGCCACUAGCACCCCAGGGCCCUGGACAACAGACCUGCACCUGUCAAUGCUGCAGUCAGCUCUCUGGUGAAGGAAAGAAGACCUCAGAGUACAAAGCCUGCCUGCUGUCCCCACUGCACUACACAGGGUUGGGGAGUAAUGAAUUACAUUUUGCAGUAGGUUGGUGGUAGUUGAACUUAUUCAAAUCUAAGUAGUGUUUUCAGUAGUUAAUCAUUUUUUUGCCAUGUAGCGGUGUAGCUAACUACUGGAACUACACCACUAAUUUUUUCCAAAAUGAAAAGAUAAUAUGGGUGAAGUAGGCAAUAUUUUCCUUUCUUUUUCGGCAUCAGACCUGCCUAAUUCUCACUUGAAACACAGUUUUUGUGUUUAAUAGGCUAAAUUACACAUUCAGAUGUACAUAUGAUACUUUUUCAAAAAGUCGUUUGGAUGUAGUGAACUCCUUUUUCAAAGUAACUUCAGUUAAUUCAACUAUAUUUUUCUUAAGGCUAGCUUUAGUUUAGCUUAAAUUCUUUCAGUGUGAAGUAAUUGGUAGCUUGGUAAACUAUCUUCUCAGAGUAGCUUCCCCAACACUGGCAUUAUACCAAUAAUGGAAAUGUAGUCAUAAACCACAUAAAAAUAGUGGUUAUUAAAUGGACAGGUUUAUUCAAAAUAAUCGUGACCACAGUGUCUUACGUAAUCUUUUUUGUAUGUGUGUGUAUUUUUUAUUCUUUGGAAUUUGCAAAUAUAUGUGUAAAUAUCAUGUUCUGUUUAUUCCAGAGUAUGUGAUGCCAAAUUAUUGUGAUUCCUUUAUGUGGUCAUUUUGAUCAAUUCACUUUUGUUUCCAAGGAACAAUACAGAUCAACGCUGCAUUUGGUUAGCGUGAAACCUUUUUGCACUAAGUGACGACUGAAAAUUCAUUCAUUUUAAUAUGGGAAGAAAUGUAAUGGUGUAUAAUUUAAAUAGAUUGUAUGAGCUAUUCAUUUUAAGACUUGUAAUUACAUUAGAUUGACGUAAACAUAAAUAGAAAAUGUCAUUUUGGAAUAAAAACACUAUGGUAUUCAUUUAA